AUGGACACAUCUCGUUUUACUCCUAAAAAUCUAAAAAAAUUAAUGAAAAACGACGAGCCAUUUGACAUUCAUACUCCAUGGUCAUCAAGCGAUAAAUACUGUAUAGAAAUUCAAACACCACCAGCGAACACUGUAUUAUUUCCAUUUUAUAAGAUUUACAUAAGUUGGACUAUUCUUAGUCCUCAAUCUUUAGCGUCUUCCGAUGAUGAAUUAAUUAAAAGUUAUUGUAAUUUAGUUGCUCCACCGACAAACUUUGUAAUAACAUUGCAUAAUGAUCCAAAAUCGUCUGGAAAUGAGAACGCUCCAAAGGUCACUUCUAAAUGGUCUAUUCCUAUUGCAUCAAAUGUUCAAACGAAUUCUUAUCUUUGGACUGUUCCACUACUAGAAAAUUCAGAUAGCAAUGAUUAUGGAAUAGGUAACAUAAAUUUGGGUGAAAAGAUUAAGAAUAUAUCACUAUUUUAUAUUCGAGUCGAAUCAAAUGAUAUGGUAAAUAAUGCAAUGGAAACUGUAUUUGGUGUUGUUGGACCUUUGACUAUUUGGAAAACUCCGGAUAAAGAAAAUAAAACUUUGUUUUUACCCGAAAAAAAUGAAAAAUUACCACCUAUACUUAGCGACGCUAUUAGAUUGAGAAAGUUUAUGAGUGUAACUACUAUAGUUGUGUGUAGCAUUUUGACUAGUAGUCUGAUAAGAAUUUGA